AAUCUGUAGUAGAAGUCCUGUCCUUGUUGAGAUGAUCACAGCAUUGAUGCGCGAUGUCUUUGAAUUGGAGAGCUACACGAUGACUGAGACUGAGUGACAAUGAAAUGAGAAAUUAUGUCAUAAUGACGUUGCUUUAUGUCUUUGUCUUCUCGUGGCCUCCGCGUCCGCAGCUGUUUUGUGCUUAUUUGGCCAUGCAAUAACAAGGAGGACCACAGGGCUUUUGCGCACAGCAUGGGAGAAAUCGCUAGAGGCAGCCGCUAGCUAAAAAGGGACUAAUGCGUGCGUCCCAAACUGGCAAUGGGACUCUACAUCGACUGCGACCCCAAUCGUUCUAGUGCGUCUCAAACGUGGAAAUGGGACUCUACAUCGACUGCGAUCCUGUAGUACGUCGCACGACUCGGCGUAGUGCGCUGUCGUGGAGGAUCUUCUACGUCCGACUGAUAAGUCUCUUGAGUUGGUGCUGGACUUUUCAGAAAGAUAAAGCUGUUCUUGCAUACGGAAAGGACCUAGUCGUCGACUGGGGGAAGGGGGAUUUGGAUCCUGGUGUGGAAGAUGUAACACGAGUUGUACCGAGUACAACAACCACGACAACAUCUACCAGCACCGAAAACCCUUCGUAUGCUUACGUGCGGGGACCAUACAUGCAUAUCAGAGGGAAAGCGAGUGUGAACAUUUCACUCUCAACAUCUACUUCUGCUCUCAACAUCUACAAAGCUUCUCCCUUCCCUGUAGCACUAGAAGUUCAAGACAUCACAACGAGACAAGACGCAGUUAGACAGAUUGUUGAGACAGCAUUUCCCGAUGUCCUGCUAGAUCAUAUUUGGGACGCUUGCGAGAAAGCCACGGCAGUUGUUGCUGCUGGUGCUCAUUUGAUCGAAGAUGUACAGGAUACUUUGUCAGUGGAGGGAAAGGUGGAAGAGGAUAGUUUUCGCGUCGUGGGGAACCAGACCACCAACUACACAUCAUCAGCAUCAGCAGCAGGAGAUCCAACAAGCAAUAAUUAAGGGUAGGUUAGAGGUGCUUUUGUUACCGUUUGUUAUGGCUCUCGUCCUCUCCCUUAGGUGGGGACAGUGAUAGAAUAAACGGGAGAACCCACGAACACCAAAAACCUACUUGCCUAAGGCUAAGAUAACGACACGAGGAAUAGUACAUCGGGAUCGGCCUACCUCAGCUACAACGGGACCUUAGCAUUAAGCUUUUCGAACUUGUGGUUGCCGGCUGAACCUGGCCCAGAGGAGGGGGUGGCGAAAAGUAUUGUGGCGCUAGUGAACAAAACAGAAGGAUCUGCUAACUACAGUGGAACUACCGGAAGCUCAAGUACAAGUUCUUACGUUGACUCCUUAGCGAAGACUAUCUUAGGUCGAGUCUUGGUUUUUUUAGAGACUGGAAAAGUACCUCCAAGCACUGCGACGCAACAAACGGAAACGGUGUAUGGGUCUCAUUUCACGGCACCAAUGUCAUCGGCUUCCGCGACAGGGACGGUGCUGCAAGUAGACAAUGGGGAUGUAGUACAAGGAGCAUCUGCAUUCCAGCAACAAGAGAAGCUAGGAUCUUCUUCAACCACUGCUCGCAGGAGCCAAGUCGUCGCCAUCUCCUUUUCCGCUACGGAAGUUACACAGCAUAUGCUGGUGAAGCCAGCGAGAUUCCUGAGCCCGAUUUCUGCAGUGGAAGCUUCUAGAACCGCUAACAAAGCCCCAGCUGCACAGAUGACGCAUGCACAGAAUCUUGACCAAGUCAACCGCGCCUGGGAUGAAGACGAUGUAAACGCUUAUCACAAACCACGAGAGAAAGCUCUGUGGUUGCAAUGUUUGCUCAUGUGUGGAUUUAGUCUUGUCGCGUUGGUUUUUGUGGUACACUAUUUUCUUUUCAGCGGGGAGCAAGCGCAGCUUUUGAAGGGUGGCUCGAAAAGUUUCUCCGUUGAUUCUGUUGCUGCCUGUUUUUCUACUCCAACGCUCAGCACCGACAUGAGCAAGAAUCUUGUUUUUUCGCCUCCAGCAGCUGCGAUACCGUACUUAGGUGGAGGCACCGAGGGAGUAACGCAGACAGGAGAUGGAAAUCAAUUAGGAACAAAAAGUCUUGUCCUGCUUCUCCUGUUUUUCUCUCGCACACUGUAUCUUUGAAAAGACAAUGUCUUUAGUCAACACUGUAAUCACUGUCUCAUCGUCGACUUUCUCUAACAACCCUCGACCCCAUCGACCGCCUCCGCCUCGAGUCUGUGAAACGCACGAAGCUAGCCCUACAACGUGGCCCUCUGUAUCAACUCCGUUGUGAAGAUGAAGAGCUGGCAUUUGGACAACUCACCGCGUUGCGAAAACGUUUGGAACCGUUGAUAGCUUCGUAGAUCAUUGUAGAUUAUCAUGGACGCGUAUCGAACCCGAACGUUAACGUUUAUUGAAGACACAAUCUCAUCAACCUUUGAUUUCGUUUGCGAAAUACGCACGACAUUUUUAACAUCAAGCAAUUAUAUGAUACCGCGACGCAAAGAAGAACAGUAGCAAAAGUAAGAAGAGGAGCAGUCUGCCUGCUGCAAACAACUCUAGGGGCGAGCAUCGACAGCGCAGUAUUAGAAAAGGACUACUAACUCUAACGCGUCAU